AAGAAAAAACAGAAAAGGCAAAGGGGAAGUUGAGUUAAAUUGAUCCUCCUUUUUGGGCAUUUCCAGGCUGUCCCUCUUCUUCCACUCUCUCUAUCUCUUCUAUGAUUGACUCACUCUUUUCUAUUUCCUUAUUGAAUUCCCUUUUGGCUUUUUUCUCCCCUUUCUUGGAUCCUUCCACUUCCCCCACUUUUCUUUUUAUUAUUCCUUCUCCAAUCCCUUCCUCUUCAUCAUAUAGAUUCCUCCCCCUCCCCCUUGUGCAUAAAAAUCAUCAUACGCAGCCAUCACUUUCCCCCCUUGAUUUCUCCUGGUUUUGGUGUUCUUGAUAUGGCUGAAGAGCACGGGUUUCAGGCUCCCGAAGGCCACCGCUUGUGCGUCAAUAACUGCGGCUUUUUCGGCAGCCCUGCCACGCAAAAUAUGUGUUCUAAAUGUUACAGGGACCUUUCCAUCAAGAAAUCUGCUGAUUUUUCCACUCCCUCGACUGCGCCGCCGCCGUCCACCGCGGCGCAGCUGAGUCUUUCCUCGCCGGACAAGGCUGAGUCCUCCGUCGCGACGGUGGCGGCUCAGUCUCCCCCGAUGCCGGUACAGCAGCAGGCACAGCCGCAGCCGCAGCCGCCGACGAACCGGUGCUCCACGUGCAGGAAGAAGGUGGGGCUGACGGGGUUCAGGUGCAGGUGCGGGAUCACCUUCUGUGGGAGCCACCGGUACCCGGAGAAGCACGGAUGCACGUUUGAUUUCAAGGCCAUGGGAAGGGAGGCCAUCGCUAAGGCUAAUCCGGUGGUCAAAGCCGACAAGCUGGACAAGAUUUGAUCCUGAGCCGUCGGAUUUCUUCAUUGUAGGGAUGAGUGGUCGAGAUGGGUCGGCCACGGUGGUUAUAAGAAAAGAAAUGAUGAUCCUGUGAAUUUGAUGUGUAUAAUUUUUACGUUUUAUUAAUUAAAAAUUUAAUAUAAUUUUCUUCAUUUAGUAGUCUA